AUGUCAAAGCCGUGAUCUUGGAUAUCGUAGUGGCGGGUACGGAUACAGCAGCUGCGGCGGUUGUGUGGGGAAUGACGUAUCUAAUGAAGUACCCUCAAGUGAUGAAGAAUGCUCAAGCAGAAGUGAGAGACUAUAUGAAAGAACAAGGGUUAACAUUCGUUACUGAAGAAGACGUCAGGAACCUUCCUUACUUCAGAGCCUUAGUUAAAGAAACCCUAAGGAUCGAGCCGGUCAUACCUCUCCUUAUCCCUCGUGCGUGCAUUCAAGAUACCAAGAUCGCCGGUUACGACAUCCCGGCCGGGACAACGGUCAACGUCAACGCCUGGGCCGUGUCACGUGACGAGAAGGAGUGGGGACCGAACCCUGACGAGUUCAGGCCCGAGAGGUUUCUUGAGAAGGAGGUUGACUUCAAAGGCACAGACUAUGAGUUUAUACCAUUCGGGUCAGGCCGGAGAAUGCUGCCUGGAAUGCGUCUUGGUGCGGCGAUGCUUGAGGUUCCAUAUGCGAACCUUCUUACGGGUGUUACACUUCUUCUCAACUUCAACUUCAAACUUCCUAAUGGGAUGAAAGCAGAUGAGAUCAAUAUGGAUGUCAUGACGGGUCUUGCUAUGCAUAAGUCGCAGCAUCUCAAGCUUGUUCCCGAGAAAGUGAACAAAUAG